GAAAAAGCAUAAAAAAAUUUUCUGGUUAAAGAGUAAAAAAAUGUACUGUUGAAAAUUAUUUUUUAUUACUAUAUUAUUGAUAUUGAUGAUUCAUUGAAUCAAAAGUCAAAAGGGCUCGGUAUUUAUCAUCAUCUUGUCACUGGUUAGGGUUUGCAGAGCUCUCUCUGUAUCUUCUUCUGGGCUCGAUCAAUCCGGAGAAAAAUUCUUAAUUAUCCUGUUUCGCCUGCUAAAUUUAUUUUGUCUUUACUUCAAGUCUGGGAAGGUGUCUUAAGCUUAUUUGUUGCGAGUUUCGUUUUUAGAAGGUGGAUUCUUGUCUGUUGUCCCCUUUUUUUUGGGUCGUGGUUCUCUAUUUGGCAAUUUUGUGCUGCGAAGAAUUGAGCUUGAAAGCGUGGUCCUUGUUUCUAGACGGUAUACGGAGAGUCAUGCUGUCUUAGCUUCUUCCUCCUCGUAGUUAUUUGGCUGGUCAUGGCCUCCUCCGAUUAUUGUUUGCGGGAGAUAACAUGGUAUUGCCGAGGAUGAUUAUUGAUGGGUAGUAGAACAAUAAAUACUAAGACCGACAACAAUAACAAGUUUGCGAACGGCAUGCCGAGUUACGCUCCUCCGCUGCCUACUUCUUCUUCCAUGGGUACGGAAGGAACUACUGUUAUUCCUUCCCGAAUUUCUGAAUUUGGAGGCAUUGAUCAGUCUUUUGGAUUUCGUGUGGAGGACGCUAUCAAUCUUAGCAGAAAUCCUGUAUUCAAUCAAAUGAAGUCAAAUAACCAGCCUCUAGGCGUUGAUGUUCAAUUUGGCACUUUAAAUAAGACAUUACCACUACAAAAUGACUCAAAUUCCAACCUGGCUUCUACAUCUGGUGGCCAGCGUGAGAACUGGGGGGAGUCCAACAUGGCAGAUGGUAGCCCAAGGACUGACACUUCAACAGAUGAUACAGAUGAUAAAAAUCAGAGGUCUGAGAGGGGUCAAUUAGCUGUUGGAGCCUCUGAUUCCAGUGAGAGAUCAAAAGAUAAAACAGAUCAGAAGACAUUACGGCGCCUAGCUCAAAAUCGUGAAGCUGCAAGAAAAAGUCGGCUACGGAAAAAAGCAUAUGUGCAGCAACUAGAAAGUAGCAGGCUGAAACUAACUCAACUUGAGCAGGAGCUCCAGCGAGCCCGCCAGCAGGGCAUAUUUAUUUCGAGUAUGGGAGAUCAGUCUCAUUCAAUGAGCGGAAAUGGUGCAAUGACGUUUGAUGUAGAGUAUGCACGUUGGUUAGAAGAGCAUAAUCGGCAGAUAAAUGAGCUAAGGGCUGCAGUCAAUUCUCAUGCUGGAGACAUUGAACUACGGACAAUUGUUGACAAUGUUAUGACGCACUAUGAAGAGAUUUUCAGGCUUAAGGGUGUUGCAGCCAAAGCUGAUGUCUUCCACAUCCUAUCUGGAAUGUGGAAAACACCAGCUGAGAGGUGUUUCAUGUGGAUUGGAGGCUUUCGCUCAUCGGAGCUUCUCAAGCUUCUUGGAAGUCAUUUGGAGCCAUUAACAGAGCAACAGUUGAUGAACAUUUACAGCCUGCAACAGUCAUCCCAACAGGCUGAAGAUGCACUGUCCCAAGGAAUGGAUGCAUUACAGCAGUCAUUGGCUGAGACAUUGGCUAAUGAAUCAUCCACCCCCUCAGGGCCAUCAGGAAAUGUGGCAAACUAUAUGGGGCAGAUGGCUAUGGCGAUGGGAAAGCUGGGUACUCUUGAGGGGUUUCUUCGCCAGGCUGACAAUCUGCGACAGCAAACAUUACAACAAAUGCUGCGGAUAUUAACCACAAGGCAGUCAGCUCGAGCUCUUCUUGCAAUAAGUGAUUAUUUCUCCAGGCUACGAGCCCUGAGUUCGCUGUGGCUUGCCAGGCCAAGGGAGUGAGGUAUUUCAAUGGCCCAUCUGAGUUAUGCUCAUGAACACAAUCAUUGUACACCAAAUUCCUCUUGAAGCCUAUCAGUGUGAUGUAAAAUUUGUUCUGUACACGUCUUCAUGUGUAAUAUAUUUCUCCACGUACUGCUGAUGUUGGUACCCACCUUUGUUGUCUCUGGCUGAUUUUUCUUUAGUUUGAAAGUAGUCUCAAUAAUCUGGUGGUGUUGUAGAUGCUUGAUUGAUAGAAUUGAGGGAAGGAUAUAGGAUAGUAUUUGUACUCCUGUUUGUUUAUAAGUGUUCAGUGCUCGAGAUAUCAGCUUUAUUUUA